AUGGUUGAAAGACUUCCGGGUGUAGCUCCUCCCAUUCGGAUAAGCAAAACCAACUCCUACGCUGACACUCCUUUCACGGACGAAAUUGCGCUGAUUGAGAUGCCGCAGAAUUUUUUCUUCCCCAACAUGAGGAUGUAUGACGGUACCGGCGAUCCAGACAACCAUGUCGCCCAAUACAAGCAACAAAUUCUCACUGUAGCAAUCCAAAGGGAGCUGAGGGAAGCAACCAUGUGCAAGGGCUUCGGUUCAACCAUAAUCGGGCCUGCUUUGCAGUGCUAUAUCAACCUACCUAACGGAUCGAUACGCUCCUUUGCGACCCUCACAGACAAGUUCGUGGAGCAAUUCGCGAGUAGUAGGAGUCUGGAGAAAACCUCUGAUGAUCUCUACAAAAUCCUCCAAGACCGAUCUGAACCGCUAUGUACGUACAUAGAUCGCUUCAAUCAGGAGAAGGUAGCCAUUCCCGAAUGCAAUGCUUCCACAGCAAUCUCGGCCUUCAAAAGGGACCUGCUCCCCAACGGAGACUUGUAUAAGGAGCUGACGAAGUAUCAAUGCAAAACCAUGGAUGACGUACUAUACCGAGCCUGGGCACAUGUUAAGUGGGAAGAAGACGUCACGAGUCGAGCCAAAGCUCAACAAAAGCAGGAUCAGAAGGUAUCCAAACAGACGAAAACUGAUCGAGACGAAGGAUCCCACCAAAGAAAAGAGGCUGGAAGCAGGAACCGGGGCAUGUAUCAAAAUUCACCCCUGAAGAAAGCCGAAGGAAUGAGUGUAUCUACGUGGCCCUCAUCAACGUGGCCCGAUAUCUCUCACUUGGCUAUAUCAAAACCAGAGCUAAUCAAAGUUCUGAGGCAGAUGGGCCCACAGGUCAAGUGGCCUCAGAAGAUGAAAGCACCCGAUUCUUCCUGGAACCCAAACCGGCGGUGCGACUUCCAAAACGACCACAGUCACAAACCGUAG